AUCACUGCGAUGAUAUCGGCCAACACUGUACACAAGAUCCAGCAAGGACUUCCUCCUCUUUUCUCUCUUCCUAGGGGCGCCUGAUUCUCUCCAACAAGAUGGCCCGAACCAUUGGCUUCUUUUACACACUCUUCCUGCAUUGCCUGGUCUUCUUGGUGCUCUACAAGACAGCAUGGAGCGAGAGCAUAGAGAGAGACUGUGCAGCCUACUGUGCUAAGAAAUAUGCCGACCACUUGCACAAGUUCCAUGAGAAUGGAGACAAUGGCGGACAUGUGGCAGUAGCGGGAGGGAGCUCCCGACCCCCAGUCCCAGCGGCUGGCCCAGGCUUCUCCACCUCCCUCCCCCGUGGGUUGCACGUGCAGUUUCCCCCAUGCCCGUCCCUCCUGGCUUAGUCUCCCAUAGGAAAACCCCACCCCAAGUGGAAAGCAGCCGUCCCCUCCCUGGCCCUCCCCAGUGUCUUCCUGCCCUCUCUGGAGUCCCAGGACCAGCUCAGACCCUUCUCCUUCCAUGAGCCUCCCAGUCUGGCAGAGGCCGGGAGCAGAGAGCUCCCAAGCCUCGGAGCUCUGACCCAGGGCGUUGCUCUCCCAAGAAUCCUGGUGGCGCGGGGGCGGUUCCAGUGUAGCCCGGCCUCGCUGUGGGGCAGGCGGCCCCCUCGAGUGCCCCCCCCCUCCGGCCCCUGGCAGCAUCGGGGCUUGCCCGGGACUUGUCUCUGCGCUCGGCCAGAGAACAGGGUGCCCUUCAGCCCCAGCAGGCCUGCAGAGGGCUCGGUAACGCUUCCUGCUGGACUGCUGAUUGAGUUACUGUCCGAUUCUGUCUGGGCCUUAAUCUAAUGGACAUUUCCUGGGCCUCCCGGAGGCCCUCAGCUGGGGUGAGCCAGGAGCAAUGGGCCCGCCGCCCCCUCCACCAUGGGGCCUCCCCCUCCUGGGGCCGAGCCAAGUAGGCGAGGGAAGACCCUUUGGGGUUUGGUUGUCUGGGAGACAACAGCGAGCCUCCAGGCCCCAGAACCAAUCUCUGCCAGCAAACCCCAGGAGAGGCCCCGGGAGGCCAGGGAGCGGCGGCCUCCGUCCGCCUGUGCCCUUCGGCCACGAGCAGCCUGUGGGGAAACGGAGGCCGUCUGCGAAGGACCCAGUCCUUGACGGGGCUGGAAAAGGAAGCCUGCCCGGAGGGGCUCAGAGGGCUCCAGGCUCGCUGCUUUCUGCCACCCCACGUUUUCCCUUCCUGCCUUGCUUCCCCCUCCUUCCCAUUAGCUAGCUUUGUGCUUUCCUGUAGUCAGGAAUUUGGCUUUUCAGGCAAGAAGAUGCCUCUGACAAGGAGUCCACUGCAGGGUGUGGACAAGCCCGGCUCUCCCCAGGCACGUCCUCCCCCCUCAGGCGGGUCCAGGGCCUGCCGUGAUGGGGCAGGGGGUGCCGCCUCAGGGGGGACGCCCGGUGCAGACCCCCUCCCCAGAGGAGGACAGACGGCCAUCUCAGGGCCUCCCUGCCAGGCUGGGGAAGCCCCUCGCCGUCUGCCGGCUUCCUGGAGCUCCCGGGUGCACUCCGUUGCGCGCACUGCUGCUCACAGCCCUUCCUCCUUUCUGGGUCCAUCGAGGAAGGCCUCAAACAGCUCCAUCAGCCUCCCUGGCCGGAGACGGAGGGCAGCAGAGACAUGAUGCAUGCGCACAGGCUCAGGCCAAACCAGGGAACGUCAGGGCAUCAAGCCUGAAAAUUGUUGAGCUUUAUUUUUUUUUUUGCUUUUUCGCUUCCGGGUUGGGUUGGGAAUACUCGCAGUUUGGGUGGAAUCGGGUGGGGGGUGUUUUGAUCCCGGCCGAUGAUGCCCCCCCAAUUUGGAAGGGGCAUCCGACGAGGCUUGAGAAUUUACAUGGGCUCGAUUUUAGAAUUGCUUCGCUGUUUGCAUCCAGUCCUUUCCCCCAGUAUGUGGAGAAGCCUAGAAUAAACGUAUUCAUGCAUUCA